CCGCCUUCCUGGUGCAGCAUGGCAUUUGGACCUGGUGUACUCUGCCUGUUCCUGUGGACAAUAACAGGUUCCAUUUGUCAGCAGUGCAGAGAAGGAGCCACAUACUCAGGUGCAGUAAUAUCUCCCAACUUAGAAACCACUAAAAUCAUGCGAGUUCCUCACGCUUUGUCAGUGUCCGACUGCAUCGCAGCGUGUUGUGACCUCUCUGGUUGUGACUUGUCCUGGAUGUUUGAACGGCGCUGUUACAUCGUGAACUGCCAACACAAGGACAAUUGUGAACCUAAAAAAAUUGAAACUGUCAAGUCUUACCUCACUUUUGUGCUGAGGUCUUCUCAGAGGCCAGCUUCACUGCUAGGGUUUGGGCAAGUGAUCCCAAGCAUGGUCCACUCUGUAGGACUCCAGAAUGAACCAUCAGAGGAAGUGAGUAGCCUGAAGAAGCUGUCUCUGCUUGGCAAAGAUCCCAGCCUUGAGGAGAUACCUGAAUACAUUGAUGACUAUAAAGAGUUGGAGCAGGACCCCUUUCAGGUGGGCAUCAAACACGAGCAGAAGGACAGUAUGGAUUAUGCUGACUGGGGCCUGAUAGUGGCAGGUGAAAAUGGCUUCAACGCUUCCACGGGUGAUAAUGGAGAUAACCAGGAAGAUUUUGCUGAAGAGAAAGGGGAGGCUGGGAAGGUGGAAAGCUUUCUGAAUAAAAACAGCUCUGAACUGACUUCCGUCAAUGAACACUCCACAGAGAGGUCAUCCCUUCUGGAGAUUACACCACUCCCUGGGAAGACAUUUGAAAGGGAAGCAGCUGUUCCACUCCUUGCGCAACCUGAGGAUGCUUUGCAAAAAGAGGUUGCUACACCUUCCUCUUCUUCAGAUAAACCAGAUUUCUCCCCAGGUGUGUCAGAGAAAACCCAGACUCCCACAGUGGCCCCAGAGAAUGCCACUGAAGGUGGGAUCAUGCUGCUUCCCACUAAUACUGCAUCAUCUGAGCCCAUGCAGCUGUUCACACCACCUGCUACUGCUGCUAAAGCAGUUAAAGAACUUUCUGUGUCUGCUGGAGAUAACAUACAAGUGAUGUUACCUAAAAAUGAAGUUGAACUGAAUGCCUUUGCUGUCCCACCACCAUCUACAGAAACAGCCUACACCUAUGAGUGGAGCUUAAUCAGUCACCCUGCUGACUAUAGUGGGGAAAUGGAGCGCAGGCACAGCCAGACUUUGAAGCUCUCUCAUUUAUCAGUGGGACUUUAUGCCUUCAAAGUGACAGUUUCUGGUGAAAAUGCCUUUGGUGAAGGUUUUGUAAAUGUCACAGUCAAACCAGCAGUCAGAAUUAACCAGCCACCUGUUGCUGUUGCUUCACCCAAAGUGCAAGAAGUUUCCUUGCCUACAAGUUCUACCUUCAUCGAUGGCAGUCAAAGCAUAGAUGAUGUGAAGAUAGUGAGUUACCACUGGGAGGAAAUUAAAGGUCCCCUGCGAGAGCAGAAGGCAUCUGCUGACACACCUGUCUUGCACUUGUCUAACCUUGUUCCUGGAAACUAUACCUUCAGACUCACAGUGAUUGAUUCAGAUGGAGCAGCCAACUCCACCAUUGCAUCUCUGACUGUCAACAAGCCAGUGGAUUACCCACCUAUUGCUAAUGCAGGACCGAAUCAGGCAGUCACUUUGCCCCAGAACUUCAUCACACUGAAUGGAAACCAGAGCAGUGAUGACCAUGAAAUUGUCAGCUAUGAGUGGUCACUUAGUCCCAAAAGCAAAGGCAAGGUUGUAGCAAUGCAGGGAGUGCGGACGCCGUACCUGCAGCUCUCUGCAAUGCAGGAAGGAGAUUACACAUUCCAGCUGACUGUGACAGACUCCGCGCGGCAGCGCUCCACAGCCGAGGUGACACUGAUUGUGCAGCCUGAAAAUAACAGUCCUCCAGUAGCAGUGGCUGGCCCUGACAAGGAGUUGACCUUCCCAGUAGAAAGUACUACACUGGAUGGAAGCAAAAGCCAAGAUGACCAAGGCAUUGUCUUCUAUCACUGGGAAAAUAUCAGUGGGCCAAGCUCUGUACAGAUGGAAAACACUGACAAGGCAAUAGCAACUGUGACUGGUCUCCAGGUUGGUACCUAUCACUUCAGGCUGACUGUGAAAGACCAGCAGGGCUUGAGCAGUGCAUCCGUGCUCUCCGUCACUGUGAAGGAAGAAAACAACAGUCCUCCCCGGGCACAUGCUGGUGGGAAGCACGUUCUAGUGCUUCCAAACAACUCUGUCACCUUGGAUGGCUCAGGGUCUGCUGAUGACCAGGGGAUUGUGUCAUAUUUGUGGAUUCGGGAUGGACAAAGCCCAGCAGCUGGGGAUGUGAUCCAUGGCUCAGACCACGAGGCAGUACUGCAGCUAACUAAUCUUGUGGAAGGAACCUAUAUUUUCCACUUGAAAGUGACAGAUGCUAAGGGAGACUCAGAUGUUGAUUCAGCAACUGUUGAAGUGCGGCCUGAUCCCAAAAGGAGUGGUCUGGUGGAGCUGAUCCUGCAGGUUGGAGUGGGACAGCUAAGUGAGCAGCAGAAGGACACUCUGGUGAGACAGUUGGCUGUACUGCUGAAUGUUUUGGAUUCAGAUAUCAAAGUUCAGAAGAUACAAGCCUACUCAGAUAUAAGCACCGCAGUUGUGUUUUACGUGCAGAACGGGCAUCCUUCCACGGUGAUCAAGGCAUCAGAUGUCUCACGGACUCUGCAUGUGCAGCUUUUGAAACAGAAGGCUGACUUCUUGCUUUUUAAAGUCCUGCGAGUUGACACAGCUGCCUGUCUUUUGAAAUGCUCUGGACAUGGGCACUGUGACCCCAUAACAAAGCGCUGCAUUUGCUACCAGCUGUGGAUGGAAAACUUGAUUCAUCGUUAUCUAAAUGAUGGAGAGAGUAAUUGUGAGUGGAGUAUACUCUAUGUGACUGUAUCUGUUUUUAUUUUGAUUGUGGUCCUGGUAGGGUUUGCCUGGUUCUGCAUCUGCUGCUGUAAAAGCAGGAAGAGGACAAAGAUAAGAAAGAAAACAAAAUACACCAUCUUAGAUAACAUAGACGAACAGGAGAGAAUGGAGCUACGGCCCAAAUAUGGUAUAAAACACAGAAGUACAGAACACAACUCCAGUCUGAUGGUCUCUGAGUCAGAGUUUGACAGUGAUCAGGACACUAUCUUCAGCAGAGAAAAGAUUGAAAGAGAGAAUUCUAGAACACUUAUAAAUGGGUCCAUCAGAAAUGGAGUUUCCUUCAACUACAGCUCCAAAGACAGAUAA